AUGCCAUCGAGUUCAUCUUCUUCCCCUUCUUCCGAAGAAGACAAACACACUUCCGCUGAUGAAGACGUCACCCCGAAGGCAUCGCCAACGUCAUCUGAAGGCGCGGGGGACGAAGAUGACAACGAUAGAACGUUGACUAUGCCGUCUACUAGUCAGGGCUAUCAGUCUGUCAUCUCGCCUGCACAAGGACAAUCUGCGCCGACCAGUCAAGAGGCGACGUCUCCAUCGACAGCAAGACGAGUGGCGACACCGCUCGUUGCUGGAGAGCAAGAAUAUUAUUAUUUUACAACUGAUAUGGCAAAUCAAGCGGCACUGGACAUAGAGAGAGAAAAAGAAAAAUUCGAUUCACUUAUUACUUGGUACAAAUUAACACGAGAAGACAUACCGAAUCUUGGAACAAGUUCAGUUGGCAAUUCUACCGCGCCAUCUUACGCCAGUGAGAAGGGAUCUUCGACGCCAAUGUCUUCGCAACCGUCAUCACAUCAAAGUGGAACAAGCAGCACGAAUGGAGCGCUUAGUGGACACAAUGGAUUCAAUUAUAGCCCCAUUUUGCAGUAUGCCUUCGAAAACAAUCCGAACUCGAACGACCCAAUGCAAUGCUCGAGUUCGCCGGUCGAUUUGGAUGAAAUUUGCCCAACUUUGGAAGAUUAUAUGAGUGCAAGAUCAAUGCCAUCUACUUCCAGUGCAGCACCAGUUUCAACUGCACCUUCAACAUUAUCUCCUUCAGUAAACAGCCAACCACCGAGUCAAGGAGAGAACCAACCAAAUCCAUAUGCAUAUCCUUCACAUCCACAAUCGCAUGAAAUGAAUCCAAUGAUGAUGUAUCAAUCUCCACAUCAUCCUCAUCCGAACUCAUAUCCUCAACCGAGCCCGUUGAAUCCAGUGAAUUUUAACCAUCAAAUUCCAACUUCAGCUUCCAACCCAUCGUCCAGUGCAUCAUUAAAACGAAAAGCAACUUCAGAUGACUUUUCUGGAGAAGGAGCGCCGAAGUUAGCGAAAUUGGAUAGUAGGGCUGGAGGAGCCGCUGAUGUAGAAAAUUGUCCGAUGAGAAAGUUGGAGAUGAUGGCUAACUCACAGAAUUUCCGAACCGGCAACACUAUUAAUGAAGUCGUCGAAUCUAAUAACAAAAAAGACGAACGUGCAUUAAAAAUGGAGAGACUUGAAGGAAUCGAGAAAUCUGUCGAAGAGGAGAUGGCACAGCAAGCUCGCGAAGCUCAAAUGAAACGAAUGCAACAAGCACAGGCAGCCGCUGCCGCCGCAGCUCAACCUUAUCCAUCUCCAGGACAAUACCCAGGAGCAAUGCCACCUGGAAUGCAACCAGGAAUGCCGUAUCCAGGGAUGCCAGGAAUGCCCGGAAUGCCACCACAUCCUGGAAUGCCACCAAUGAUGCAUCCAGGAGCUCCAUUCUCUGCUGGAGCAGCGUACCCACCAAUGGGUGCACCAUUUCCUCCAUACGGUCAUCCAAUGUAUCCAGGAAUGACACCAGGUGGAUAUCCAAUGUCUGCACCAGGAAAGAUGCCAUUUGGAUCACCAAGCUUCCCACAACCGGGAACGCCAUCUCCAGCCGCUAUGGCAGCAAUGCAACAACAACAAGGGAGAAUGCCUGGACCACAGAUGCCACCUCAUCCGAGUAUGAUGUCUCAACAACAACAACAUCAACACUUUAUGCACAUGCAACAUAUGGCUCAUAUGCAUGCUCAGCAGAAAGCAGCCGCCGCUGCCGCUGCCGCAGGGUUAUCACCGAAUAUGGCGGCUCGUGCGUCUCCAGCAAAUCCACCGCAGUUUCCUCCGCAAAUUCCACCGAAUCAUCCGAUGUAUCACCACAUGAUGAUGAUGAGACAAAUGCAGGCGCAACAACAAGGAUACCCAGGAGGACCACCUGGGCAACACGGACAACAACCAGGAUCACAAGGAACUCCAGGUCAUCCAGGAAUGCAUCCUGGAAUGAUGCAAGGAAUGCAGGGAAUGCCUCCUGGAAUGAUGCAUCCAGGAAUGAUGCAUCCGGGUAUGAUGCAUCCAGGAAUGAUGGGUGGAAUGCCCGGUAUGCCUGGUAUGCCUCCAAACAUGCCGAAUAUGCCUGGCAUGAUGCCUGGGAUGCCACCGACGUCAACUCCAACCUCAACGAAUCCACAAAAUCCUACUCUGAUGGUUGCUGGAAAUCGUUCGGGAGGGCAAGGAGAGCCAUCAACUCCUAAUGGAAUGGGCGGACCAAAUCCACACCAUCAAAUGGGGAAUAUGUGGCAACUAACCCCCCACUAUCCAGCUCCAUUCCCAGUCUGUGGCCCAUCCCCUGGUCCGGGUAGCUCAACGCCUCGAUAG